UUACCCUUUCACAGUGAAGGUAGCCGUAUUCUUGCGCAAUUCAAGAGUGAGCUUGGAGAGCUCAUUGGUACACCAUUUGACCUUCCUCUUGAUAUUACUCCUGAUAAAUUAGAAUUAGUCUGCAAUGCAGUACUGCAAAAGGUAAGAUGUUUGCUAUUUACCACUUGAGCACUGUUGCAUAUGUGGAUUCUCUUGACUUAUUCAAAUUUUAAGAAUAAAAAUAUCAUAAAGCCCUUAUUGGAAUAAUAAAAAAAAAAUGUCAUUGAAUGAUUUAGUGAAUGAUUAGUUAUCAUUAUUACUUUAAUGUUCCUUGGGGCUCAAUUUUUUUUUUGAUUUGUUUUUUUCAUUACCUCAGGAUGAAAGCGUACCUUACUCUUUCUAUGUGAAUGAGUCAGAAAUUACAGGCAGUCUCAAGGAAACAUUAGAUACCCAAACACUAGAAACAGAGAAAGUUGUAGAGAUUGUGUAUCAACCCCAGGCUGUAUUUAAAGUUCGAGCUGUGACAAGAUGCACCAGCACAAUUCCAGGUAAAAUAUUUUAAUCUAAGUUUGUCAUUACUGUUCAAGAAAAUAAAUGACGGUCUCUAUAUAUCCUGAAAACAUUGCAAAAUAAUUUUCUUUAAGUGAUUUUUUUGGGCUUUUUUUUAAGAUAGAAUGUUUUUCAAACUUGGUAAAAAUAUAGCUUUAUUUUUUGUCUGUGUUAGGUCACUCUGAGGCUGUCAUUUCAGUGUCAUUUAGUCCUGGUGGCAGGUGGGUUUAGUGUUGAAACAUGACAUUGUAGAGUAUUCAUAGUCCAAGUUACUCCUCUCAAGCCAUUAUUACUCUACUUUGACUGUCCUUUAUUCAGUGAUCAAGAUAGUAUAUUUACCUUACAAUACUUGUGAUUAGUUAUUUUAGGAAAUCUAAGUAAUCUUGGUUUGCUGUGAGGAUUUAACCCUUUAACUCCCAGAAGUGAUUAAAAUGAAACUUCUCCCCAUGAUAUUUAUACAUUAUUCAGCAAACAGGUGAUGAGAGCACUCAAACGUAUCAGUUAGAAGUUUUUAUCCAGGUCUAAUACCAAAUUCCCAUAACUAAUUUACAAGGAAAUGUGCAGCACCUAGAAGAGAGAAUUUAUAAUCAGAUCUUGGGGAUUAAAAGGGUUAAACCAUGGUCCUUCUAAUUCUAUGACCCAGUGCUCUACUUCUAAGUUACAAAGAACUGGGGGGCAAGGAAAGUUAAAGGUAUUGGUUUACAGGGCUGAUAUAAUUAUUUGACUAGCAUCCUGUAUUCUGCCUUUGAGGAUUAGCAAAUCCUGUGUGGAAAUUUCAGAAGAUGGUGCGUUUUGAGUUCUCUUGUGAAUAAGAAAGACAAGAAUUCUUUUUUGUUUUGUUUUGUUCCGUUUUUUUUCUUUUUAUUUAUACAUAUUUAUAAAUCCUUCUUAGAUAUUUGGCAAGUGGUUCAGGAGACACAACUGUUCGGUUUUGGGAUGUGAACACAGAAACACCUCAUUUUACUUGUAAAGGUACUCACCCAUCAUUGAAUUUUCAUCCCUGUAACAAAUGUUGUUGAGAUUUUUCCAUAUCAAAGUCCUAGUGCUUCAGAUUUUUAUUUGAUGUUGAUGAAAGUCAAAAACCUUUUGAACAGUGAAGUGGUGAUGUACAGACUUUCAAUCAUUGAUUUAUUCUUGAUAAUUAUUUUUGAGGCCAUGCACACUGGAUUUUACAUAUAGCGUGGUCUCCAGAUGGGAAGAAGUUAGCUUCCGGCUGUAAAAAUGGCGAGGUAAGAAUGUGAUUUUCAAUUGCUAAUUAGAGUAUUAAGAGUCUGACAAUUUGGAGUUCUAUUUUUAACAAAUUUCAUUUUUUUAGUUUUAAAUUUUCCUCCUUUACUUUAAUCUGUUGUCUGUGUGAGUAUCACAGUAAAUGUAUACAAUAUCUAAAAAGCUCCAAAGCUUGGACAAGAGAAUUGGAAACUCAGUGAGGAGAAGUUAGGUAUAGAGGAGAGGAUAUUCCUCUGUCUGGGUUUUAUGUUCAAGGCAAGCUUGUUUCCUCUCACAUAAAUCUUUGUCUGGAGUAUUACAUGAAACUUGACCCUUGAACCUCUAAGAGUGACUAGCAUCUAGUUUCUCUGUACAAUAUCACCCCUGAAUCACACAUCAAGGUCAUGAGAAUAAAGGAAAUGAUCACCAACCAAACCAAAGCUCUUGAUUAUUAAACUAACUCUCUCUGUCAGCACCUUAGGACAUGUAUACAGAACAGUAUGGAGAAUAUUCACACUCAUGGUUGGGUGAAAAGGGUCAAUAAAUUGUCUGCUUUAUUUUUAGAUUAGAAUAUGGAACCCUGUGAAUGGAAAGCAAAUAGGAAAGACUUUGAAAGGUCAUUUGCAGUGGAUUACUUGGCUCAGCUGGCAACCACUUCAUAGGUACAAUGUUUUGAGUAGUUGUUACUUUAAAAAAAAAACAGAGAAUGUGAUAUGUUUGUGACUGGGGUUCAAAGUUUUUCUGGUUUAACAUUUUUCAAACCAAUUUGACUUUAACCCUUUUUCUUUUAGUGAUUAUGUAAUCUGAAACAAAGGCAAAGUAUUUGUUGCCCAAUUUUAUAUAAUUAGGAGACCAAAGCAAAAUUGAAUUAAUAAUAUUGGUAAAAAGAAGAGUGGUAUUUUGACAGAGCAAAUCAACAAAUCAAUACAUACUUUUUCAACCCUUUAUUUCCCAUGAGUGACCAAGACAGAAUUUCUCCUUACAAUAUCAAUACAAUAUCAAGCAGAAAAUUGAUGAGAAUAAAGAAAAAUCUUAAUUAGGGGAUUAUGAGUUGAUCCAAUACCAAAUUCUCCAAACUAACAUCACAAGAACUACGUGGCAGAAAGUUAGGAGAAUUACUAAUGAGAUCUUGGGAGUUAAAGGGUUAAUACCUUUUUCUGUCCACCACUUAGUUGUGGUAAUAAAGGCAUAUAUAAUGGCAUGCUGGUAAUUCAAAGAAUAUCUCCAAUUAUUUACUCCACUCAAAAUUCAAUUUUGUGGCAGAUCACUUGGUCAUCACAGUUUUAAUGAAUAAAAGGAGUAACUUUCUAAAGAACUGUGGUGCUGCAUCAGUGAGGGGUGUUACAAGAUGAUUUGGUUCAAAAUUGUUGUGAAAUGGCCACUACAAAGAGAUUCUAAAGCUGACAUUUUGAGCAUUAGUUCUUCAUCAGAGCAAAUUUAUUCUGAGGAAGGACUAAAGCUCAAAAUGUCAGCUUUAGAAUCUCUUUAUUGUGGCCAAUUUGCAUCAUCAACUUAGUUAAUAAAACCAAUGUCACUCUUAAAUGUGUACUACAUAAAGGGGAACAGUUUUAUUUAGUAUAUAGAUCUGCAUCAUUGAUGAAAAUUUUCCUGUCUGCUAACAUUUCUAAAAGAAUUUGUGUGGAGAAUUUUGUGGUGGAACAAUAAUAGGAUUAUCAAUUAUUGAUAAUCCUCUAGGCUGGGUUGUUCAAAGCUGUGAGACAAUAACUGAGGUUUAGUGUGAAAUCUCACUUCAGGUAUGAAAGCUGUAAAAGAAUAUUUGGUAUAAUUCUUUUUGUCUAUAAUUUGAUGCUUGAAAGCUCUAAAAAGGAUAGAGAAAAUUAUUUGAAAAAGGUUUUUGAAGAAAGAAACAAAGAAACUCAGAUUACUGUAGUUAUUCAGUUAUAAGGCGCACCGUUUUUUUCAAGAAAUUCCUAAUUUCUGCUAAAAAUUACUGCCAAAGUUUGGGUGCGUCUUAUAGGCGAAUAUUUUCCCGAAACAAUUUUUUUCUAUCACAGUUACUGGUACGAUUUCAAGCAAAUAAAAGGACAUACAGUGUUGGUCAUUAACUUUUAUAAAUAUGGUGGUUCUAAAAAGACGAGCAAAGGGCGGGUGCUUAGUAAUUUGAUACGUCACAAAACGAAACGAAAAUAAACAAGCGAACAGAUAAAUACCUUCUUCAUCCAUUCAGCCUUUUUUGUGCACUUAGACCUGCAUUCUCGGCAGUACGUCAAUUCUUGUUUAAUCAAGGCUUUUGUUUGUGCGCAUUGUUGCGUGUGCGACAAUUCUGCUUUUGUUAAUUAACGGUAAACUAAAAUCAAUAUGCGACUUUUUCGCUUUUUUGUAAGUUUAUGAAAGAAUUUACAAUAAACUUGACCGAUCUUUACUCCCCAAAAAAUGGUGCGCCUUAUAACCAAGUAUUUUAGCGAUAUUUUCAGUUUGAAAACAGGCAAUAAUGAACAACUGGUAAAUCUUAUCUGGCUUUUAUAACGAAUAAACGGUAAAUCUUAACCCUGGGUUAUUGCUAACAGGCCUUUGAACAACUGGGCUCUGGACAAUAUUUUGUGCUAUUCCCAACACUUGGCUGCUUGAUACUGUAUUGAUAUAGUAAGGAGAAAUUAUGUCUUGGUAAUUCAUGGGAGUUAAAGGGUUAAACCUAAUUUUUUUCCUUUUUCUUUGUUUUAUUUUCAGUAAUCCUGAGUGUAGGUUUUUGGCAAGUUCAUCAAAAGUAAGUGUUGCUCAACAAUGAACCUGUUAUCACAUGAAUACUCUGGAAAUUUCAUCAUAAAGUAAAGGACAUCCAAAAUUUCUCAGGCUCCUUUAGUUCAAUUGAAAGCAAAGAUCAUUUUAACCCUUAAACUCCCUUGAUCUGAUUGUUAAUUCUCCCCUCUAGCUGCUACACAUCUCCUUGUAAAUUAGUGACAAGAAUUUGGUGUUAUUAGAUGAAGAUAAAAGCUUCUACUUGAUAACUUUGAGUAUUCUUAUUACCUGUUUGCUGGGUAAUGUAUGGACACCAUAGGGGAGAAGUAAUAUGUUAAUCACUUCUUGGAGUUAAAGUGUUCACAGUGGCUCAAACAAGUAUGCUGUAUUUAGAUUAUUUUCAUCUUGUUUGCAUAAGUCAUGUUUUCUUUCACGGGAUGGAGUUUUGAUGGUCAGCAGCAGAAUUCUCCAAUUGGUAACUUGUUUUUAUAAAACUUUUAAACAGUUUGAUUUCAAUGUUUUCAAUGAAACGAUGAUUAUAUAAUCCUUAUGAUGUCCAUUAAGGGGUUUCAUUCAAUUUUUUCUUUGAGCAGCUGCAGACAACACAAUAGGCAGCUUAGCCCACAAGGUGAAAUCAAAACACGGGAGCCCACUCCUAAGCUAAAUAGACAGCUGUAGGAGGUCUUGCAGGUGGCAGCAGACAGCUAGUAACUGGUUUUUAAUUAAACUUCUGCCUGUUGUUUUGUGAAUUACAUUGAUCUCUAAUGUUAAGUAUCUCAAUUACUUUCUCCUCUGAAGGAUACAACUAUCAAAAUAUGGGAUUGCAUCCUCAGUCAGUUGAUAAGAACAUUAUCAAGCCAUACCAAGUCAGUGACAUGUAUCAAGUGGGGAGGGGAGGGGCUUAUUUACUCCUCCUCUCAGGACAGAACAAUUAAAGUGUGGAGGGCAGAUGAUGUAAGCGAGUUUCUGUAUGAAACAAACUUUUUUGUUAAUGCUGAUGGUUGGAAGUAUUGAAGUCUCCCUCUUAUCUGUCAUUUGGUCUCGUCAUGCAAUGGGCUUUUUCCCUCUCCCCCUUCCUAUUAACCCUUUGACCCAAAAGAAUGACUGACACCUAAUUUCUCCUUACCAUUUCACCCCCACAUCACACAUUGAGGUCAUGAGAAUAUAGGAACUGAUCACUGACUAAAGAUGCUCAUGGUUGUUAAACAAAUUCUCCUUGUCAGCAUGUUAGGAAAGGUACAGAAAAUAGUAUGGAGAAUAUACAUACUGAUAUUGGGAUGUAAACUGUUAAGGCUGAAAUAUUUGAGCUUGUCUGUCAUUAGCUUCUAAACUCAAAGGAAUGAGGUUCCAGCCAAAGCAGCCCUUGGAAGGGGAGGGAAGCUGUUGCAUGACAGGAACAAAUGAUAGCUGCAAAGGGGAAUAGUAGCACUGCAAUACACUCAUUUAAAAAGUAAUCCUUUCAAAUUUAAACUGAGUAUUGAGAUUUAUACCUUAUUAUUAAUUAAGGUGUUAUUGCCAACCACUUGACAUGCACAGUCAUCUUCUCUUUUAAUUAGUUUUCUUACUUGUGGGUGUUUGGGCCUUUCUUUAUGUGUAAAUCUCAAACAAAAACUUUUUCUAGAUAGAAAGUUCUCUUUCCCUUUCCAUCACUGUAGAACAAAAAGGGCUUUUAAUAAGGUCAAAAGAAGUCCAGGAUUUCAAUUGUUUAACAUUACUUACUAGUAUUGUUUGAAAACAGUUGUCUCUCUCCUCACCAAUCAGAUGCAAAUCUUAAAUCAGUGAUUGUGACCCAAAGGGCUGAGCUGGUUUGUUUUGAUUUGUGAUUUAUGACUGUCACAGUAUUUAAUAGUGCUCUAUAAAUCAUGAUAUACAGUAGGUAGUUAUACCAUCAUCUUAAACAUUUUGGUUCUUUGUCUUUCCAUUUUCUAGGGAGUUUUGUGUAGAACAUUGCAGGGCCAUGCACAUUGGGUAAGUUUGCAGUCAGGGAGGUAAAAAGAUAUGGAAGAAUAAAAAUUUGAGUAAUGUUAAGUUUUGUUCAAAUCAUUUGAUUAUAUUUCUAAGCAGCAGAGAGAUAAUUAUAAACAAUGGAAUCUUUUGUUCAUUUCUUGCAAAUGAUUGUAAAAUAUUUCUUAAGCAGUCAUUGCAUUCUAUUUUUUUUAUAUAACAGGUGAAUCACUUAGCACUGAAUACAGACUAUGCUUUAAGAACUGGUGCAUUUGAUCCAUCAAAAGGCUCAAGUGAUGAAUUAGUUACAGCAGAAAAUGAUACACUGAAAGAGAGAGCACUGCAAAGAUACACGCAUGCAAAGGUAUACCAUCAAUUUUCCCUUUGACCCCUUAAGGGUGACUAGCAUCUAAUUUCUCCUUACAAUAUCAUGCCUGAGUCACACCAAGGUUAUGAGAAUAAAGGAAAUGAUCACCAAUCUCCUGAUUAUUAAACUGACUCUCUCUGUCAGUACCAUAGGCAACAUAUAGAGAACUGUAUGGAGAAUAUGCAUGCUGGUGUGAGGGUGUAAAGGGUAAUCCAUCAGCUCACAGCAAAUUAACUUCUAGGUGGCUGUUAUCUUGCUGCUCAAGUUAGAGUUAUCUUUCUAUGAUCAAAUGCUUUUUUUUCUAUUCAGGGAGGAAGAAGAGUGCGACUGGUUUCAGGCUCUGAUGACUUCACUCUAUUUCUUUGGGAUCCAGAGGAAAGCAAAAAACCUCUAGCCCGCAUGACAGGUCAGAUAAGUGGGUACACCUGUACACAGAUUAGAGAUGUUUGAAACUUCAAUAGGACAGGAAGGGGUCUGAUGUUUCGAGCAUUAGCCCCUUGUCUGUUAGCCCUUCACCAUUCACUCUGAUGAAGGGCUAAAACUUGAAAUGUCAGCUUUGAAACUCUUUCUGGUGGUCAAUUUACAUUAUCAAUUCAGAUGAUACCGGUAAUUCUGAAUUACUCUGUUAUACUCUCCCACCUAUGCAGCACCACAGUUUCUUCAGAAACUUUCCGUCUUUAAACUUCUUGUUGGUUUAUGCUAUAUAGUUAGGAUUAAGUUCCACUUAUUGAGCUCCAUGGUACAAAAGCAGACUUCAGCUUUGGUUAUUUUGGAAGGACUCGAUAAAUGGUCUUUCCAUGGAUUCUAAAAGUUAACACAAGCAGUAAAAUAAAUUUUGCAUUAUCUUUUAUAUUGCUGCUACUUACAAGUUAAGAUCAACAAAAAUUGUCUUGUUUGGUAUCACAUCCCAGAACCCAUUGUUUGUUCAUUUUCAACUUUUAGGUCACCAAGCUCUUAUAAAUCAAGUCAGCUUUUCUCCUGAUGGUCGCAUGAUAGCAAGCGCCUCAUUUGAUAAGUCAGUUAAAAUCUGGAAUGGUGACAGUGGAAAGUAGGUGGAAUUAACCUCAGAUUUUACUACUUGCCUCAGCCUUCAAUCCUGGCCAUCCUAUUAUAUGUUAUUUCAUGAAUAAUGUAAUUGGCUUUAUUUUUCAUUAGGUACAUCAUAUCUCUUCGUGGACAUGUGAACUCUGUAUAUCAGGUAAGGAGUUCUUCAAAACUUUUACUGUGCACAUUUUUAAGUCUGGUUUAUUUUAUUCUAAUUUUCUUGUUCUUCUUUUUGUAUUAAUUGGCGAGGUGUCAGUUUCAAGAAGACCAUUCAAUGACUUUUCUGGUGUCCAUGGUAAUCUUUUCUUUCCACCAGGAUUCCUUGAGAUAAAAAUACAAACUUUGCAAUGAUCGUUUUCCAAGUUGUGGUAUUCCUGGUAUUCUUAACAGUGUUCAAAUUUUCCUAGAUUGCUUGGUCAGCGGACAGCCGACUUCUUUGCAGUGGAAGUGCAGACAGCACCCUAAAGUUAAGUGCUCAGCGAGCCAAUAAUAUUAAGAGUGUGGUGGAGUGUAGGAUUAUUGUUUCAACCUCGUUCCAGGGUUCUCUUCUGCUCGUUCCCUCUCGUUUCGAAGGAAGAGGAGGAGAGAACCCUGAGAACGAGAGUUGGAUUGUUUGCAAAACAAUCAACGAAGCAUGCAGCGCACGGAUGUGAAAAGAAGUCCUUUUUGUCUAAAGGAAUCGGCUUUUAACGGUUACUAAGGGUGUGGACCAGUAUUUCAAUCAAGAUCCUAGACAAGUGUCUUUUUGGUAGUGGGGAGGAAGGGGUGGGCGGGGACAAAAUAAGUCGCGUUUCUUAACAAAGGAGAGGGUGGGGGUCGUUCGCAUCUUAAGACCAACCCAACUCUUCCCCCCUGAGCCACGACGUGGGUUACAGAAAAUCUUUGAAAGAAGUGGUCGAGUCGAGAGAGAGGAAAUGCAGUAAAUUUUGAGUUGUCAUGAACGCAAUCUUUUAAUUUAAUAGGUGUGGGAUUUGAAAACAAAGAAAAUCAUGGAGGAUCUUCCUGGUCACGCAGACGAGGUAUAUGGUGCAUAAUUCAUUACUCAAUAACUUUCGUAACCCUCGCGUACUCGUCGGUUCACCCUUUAACUCCCAGAAGUGGUUAACAUGUAAAUUCUCCCCUUGAUAUUUGUACAGUAUCCAGCAAACAGGUAAUGCGAAUACUCAAACAAAUCAGGAAGAAGUUGUUAUCUUGAUCUAGCGACAACCUCUCGUAAAUGACUUAUAGGGAAACGUGUAGCAGCUAGAGGGGAGAAUUAACAAUCAGAUCGUGGGAGUUAAGGGUUUAGAACCAUUGCUUACAAGGCUAUAUAUAUAAUGAACUGAUGACUUCGCGCCUUGAUCAUUUAGAGCGCAGAUGCACUGCUAUCGUCUUGAAAAUAAAGUAGUUUUCUUUGUUUUUUCCUCUGUGUUGCUCGGUUUUUUAAUGACACAUUUUCUAGCCAUCCUCUGCAAUACAACAAAAUGAAAUAUCCAAGUUUGUGUAAUCUAAUAAUGAGAGCCUCGACGGGAUAUCAUUCACAUUUUUAAUUCGAACCUACUGCUGCAUUAGCAUGUUCUGUUGAAUGGGAGAUCCCGCGCCGUAAGGGACGGUAAUUACAUCGAGCGGCUCACAGAAUUUUUUUAAGGGACGUUUUCACAGGCGUCACUUUCGUCGCGAUUUAGACUCCCUAAGAAGAAUGCCGAACGUUUACGGCAAUGUCAAAUAGGUAAAACCCUCGUUUUGUUCCAUGUUCCUAUAAUCUUCUAGUCAACGCUGCAUAAAAAUUGACUCUAAUUUUUGUUCACCUGAGUUAAUGUAAACACAUGCAUUUUCAUCUCGUGGACAAGCGGCUUAAGGCAGACUGAAAAAAACGUUUUUUUCCCUUCUCUUCCGACAGGUUUACAGUGUCGACUGGAGCCCAGAUGGUGCCAGAGUUGCAAGCGGAGGAAAAGACAAAGUCCUGAAAAUGUAA